AUGAUAAUAGUUGUAAGGCUCCCACCUAAUAUUAUGACUUGUGAUAGUGGAACUGACUUAGAGGUUUCAAAUUUAAAAAAUAAGAUGCAGAUUAAGACAUUGAGUCCUCCUCCACCAAUUCCUGAUGAGUUAGAUAGAGCGCUCACAAUUACAAUUAAAAUUGUUCCUAUGAUUUCUAAAUUUUCCAUUGGAAAAAGCUCUUUGUGCUCACAAGACCCUGACUUACAAUUGUAG